GCACCGUGCAGCAUGGGGUCCUCACUACGCCUUGUGGUUCUUGGCUGCAUACUGCUCACUGCCCUACGGGUCGUGGCAGCUACCCCCACACCUGCAGCAAACGAGCUUCUGGUUCAGACCACCUCGGGCCUCGUGCAGGGUUUUCUUGACGUCAAUACCACCGACGUGCCGCUGAAGAAGUGGUUGGGUGUGCCGUACGCGGAUGACACCUCGGGUGCUAACCGAUGGCGGCCGCCCCAGCCGGUCAAUGUUGAGGAUGGGCAGGUCAUCAAUGCGACUGCAUAUGGGCCCGCUUGCAUGCAAGGCCGUGCAUACGGCGGAAAUGGGACCUCAGUCCAAAGCGAAGACUGCCUUCUGAUCAACAUUAUCGCGCCUGCCAACGCAUCUAACCUGCCGGUCUAUAUCUACGUCUACGGCGGAGGAUACGACAGCGGUUCAGCUUCAGACCCAAAGGUUGACGGAUCGUACUUGGCCGCGAAGGGAAUUGUGUUCGCGAACUUCGGCUACCGUCUGUCACUCUGGGCGUUCCCACAUGCCGCUGAGAUCGCCGAGGCGGGCGAGACACAGAACUUUGGCCUGCUCGACACGCGUGCGGCCGUCGAGUGGCUAAGGGACAACGUCCAGCAAUUUGGAGGCGAUCCUACUAAGAUUACAUUAGGCGGAGAAUCAGUAGGUGCAGAGAUGACAAAUCAAUACAUGACGGCGUUCCAUGAUGACCCGAUUGUUCGAGCUGCCGUUAUGCAGAGCGCUGACACUUCCCAGCCGAUGUGGGAACUGGACAAUCAGAUCAGCCAGAUCGCUUCAGAUAUGAGCUGCCCCACGGGAAAGGGACUGUUGGACUGUUUGCGUACGAAGUCGGCUACGGAUCUGCAGCAGGUCCUUCUGGCGAGUGGUACUCAAUUCCAGCCUGUCACAGAUAAUAUUACCAUUUGGAAGGACUACGUCAAGCUGACACGGGAGGGCCGUACGGCGCAAAUCCCCCUUCUGUGUGGAACAAACCUGAACGAAGGGACGCUCAUAGUCGAAAGUGAGCCGACGGCCUAUCUGCCAAACAUAGUCCAGUAUAGCAAGAGCAACAACUUCAAUAUGCCUUGGGCGAACCUUACAAGAAUGGAGGAGCUGUAUCCUGUGCCUUCAGAGGCUUUCCCUACUGCGUAUAAUGCGUCCUCUCAGAUAUGGCGAGACGCGCACAUGCAGUGUCUGGCCCACAACUUGGCUACCGAACGGACGCGCGUUCUAAACCAGCCCGUGUGGCGCUAUCGAUUCGACUUGGUCGCAGCCAACCUCAAUUCUGAGGGUGUCAGAGUCGGUACUUUCCACGGUUCAGACGUCCGCUUCGUCAUGGGCCAAUGGAGGCUAAUCGCUAUUGAUGCUCCGUUCAUUCCUGCUACACCUAACGAGAUUGCUAUCUCCAACUUAAUGGUGGAAGCGUGGACGAACUUUAUCAAAGAUCCGCUUAAAGGACCUCAGAUACCUGGGUGGAAACAGUACGACCCAGAAGACCCAACAACGCUCGCGCUUCUUGGAUAUGAUUUGACGGGCGCAGACCUUGGUGACCAUUUCACUGCGGAUUCCACUUGCGAUUUCUGGAAUGAAGUACUCCCAAUUUUCCCGCAGACGUUCCCAGCAUGCGGUAGCUGGACGUGUUGAAGACGGGUGAUAUGCUACGCUUUGUCAUUUGCGGUAGUCCCGGCCUUCAGCUUGGUUGCAGAU